GCGCCGGGCCGCGUGGAGGCGGUACGGCUGAUGGAGGGAACAAGACUGGCAGAAUCGUUGAAAGGAGCGUCAUGUGGAUAUGUAGCAUCUCGAAGAAGGACUUUGGAAUCACUUACUAGGAGUCUUAACCUCCCUCCCUCUUCCCUGUGCCCACCAUCAUGGCAGUUCGCCUGAUGAAGCAGUGCACAUGCCUACUUAGAGAAGCCACCCGCCUAGUUCCUACCGUUGCUCCAGUUGGCCGACUGAGACUUGCUGGGGUGGCCUGUAAGACUUUGACUUCCUCCGUCAGUUCCCCCUCUUCAGGUUCCUUGACGGAGUUGUUGGGAAAAGAGCAGGUGUUUACUCCCUACCCAGAGCACCAAGAGGUGGACUACCUCAUUGAGAAAGCCACCAGGCCAGAGGAGCUGCUGGAACUGCUAGGUGGUGAUCAUAGUCUGCACCACAAUCAUGCAGCCCUCAUUCUCAUCCGGCUGUCCUACCUGCUGUCUGAGAAGCCAAAGGAAAAGGCCUUGCUUGUAGAGGAUGCUCGCUUUCAGCAACUUGUCAGGCUAGUUGACAGUCAGAUAACUUCUGUCUGGCAUGGGACCCUCGUGAAGCUGCUGCGAAGUCUGUACACACUAGUGCUUCCUCAGGGCUCCAAGGAGCUGCGGUCCGUGGAACAGGAAGUACGCUGGCGUCUGCGGAGGCUAAAGUAUAAGCACUUGGUCUUCCUGGCUGAGUCCUGUGCCCCCUUCAUGAAAGAGCAGCACUCAAAGGAGCUGCUGGCUGAGCUGCUAAGGCACCUGGAGAGGCGCUGGACAGAGAUCAGCGACAGCCGCACAUUGGUGUCCAUGAUGACCAUGGCAGGGCACUUGUCAGAGUCACUGAUGAACCGCUUGGAAGACAAGUGCCUGGAGCUGGUGGAGCAGUUUGGCCCUGAUGAGCUGCGGAAGGUGCUAAUGACGCUGGCAGCCCAGAGCCGGCGGUCGGUGCCCUUGCUGCGGGCCAUUUCCUACCACCUGGUACAGAAGCCCUUCCCCAUGACGAAAGGCAUGCUCCUGGACCUGGCCUACGCCUAUGGUAAGCUCAGUUUCCACCAAACCCAAGUGGCCCAGCGCCUCGCUGCUGACCUCCUGCCCUUCAUUCCCAGCAUGACGCCUGGAGAGGUGGCCCGCUGCGCCAAGUCCUUUGCCUUCCUCAAGUGGCUCAACCUGCCUUUGUUUGAAGCCUUUACUCAGCACCUCCUGAACAGCGCUCAGGAUGUCUCCCUGUCCCAUCUGUGCAGCGUUCUUCUUGCCUUUGCCCGGCUGAACUUUCAUCCUGAACAAGAGGAUCAGUUUUUCAACUUGGUGCAUGAGAAGCUGGACUCCGUGCUGGGGAGCCUGGAGCCAGCCCUGCAGGUGGACCUGGUGUGGGCCCUGUGUGUGCUACAGCAAGUGCAGGUAGCAGAGCUGCAAACAGUUCUCCAUCCUGGGCUCCACACACGCUUUCUAGAGAGCAAGUCUCCAAAGGACCAGAGUACCUUCCAGAAAUUGGUCCACAUCAACAGCACUGCCCUGCUGGAGUACCCUGAAUAUAAAGGCCCUUUCCUGCCAGCCUCAGCUGUAGCCCCCAGUCCCUCACCCUCCAACAAGAAGAUGACACCCCUACAGAAGGAGCUGCAAGACGCACUGAAGGCACUGCUGGGGAACAAUGACACAGGCAGCCUGGAGGUGGCCACACAGUAUGGCUGGGUGCUGGAUGCAGAGGUGCUGCUGGAUGCUGAGGGCCACUUCCUGCCCCUGAGAGAUUUUGUUGCUCCUCACCUUGCCCAGCCAGUUGGGAACCAGCCACUACCCCCGGGAGCUAAAAGAAUCGCUUUCCUACGCUGGGAGUUCCCCAACUUCAACAGCAGAAGCAAGGACUUGUUGGGGCGUUUUGUCCUGGCCCGUCGACAUGUGCUGGCUGCAGGCUUCCUAGUGGUGGAUGUCCCAUAUUAUGAGUGGCUGGAUUUGAAGUCUGAAUGGCAGAAAACCGCCUACCUCAAGGACAAGAUGCGAAAAGCAGUGGCUGAGGAGCUGGCCAAGUGACCUUUCCCAUCUGUUCAGACUGCAUCUCAAGACCUGAGGGCUCAGGGACCCAGACCCAGCAGUGAGUGCUGGGCCGGCCAGAGUUGUCACCCAUCAGCGAGAUGAACUCUCUGUAGGACCUUGGCCACAGUAGGGGGUGCUCAGCAGCUCCCAGGGCAGGCGGUCCUAAUAAAUCACUUGUUUUGGUGGA